AAAAAAUCACAUAUCUUGUAACUUAUAUAUACUCCAAAUUAUAUGAUUUAAUAUGAAACGAUCACGUUCCAACCAAAGUUCCAAUGAGAUUCCCUUUUAGCUCCCAGCUUAUACAACUUUACAUUAUAUGGAGUUGUGUAGUAUAUGGUAAAGUAACAUGUCAUGUAGUAACAUUUUAUGUGCAAAAUAAAUGCUCAUUUCCCAUUUGGCCGGCUGUUGCCCCCAACUCCGGCCAGCCGGUGCUAGCUUCUGGUGGAUUUUACCUGCCAUGCGGAGAUACUAGACGCAUUGAUGUUCCUUGGGGUUGGAAUGGUCGUAUUUGGGCCAGAACAGGCUGUGAUUUCACUUCAAAUUGGAAUCAAGCUUGUGAAACAGGUGAUUGUGAUGGACGUUUGGAGUGUAACGGAUUGAUUGGAAAACCUCCAGUGACCCUUAUACAAAUUGCGGUAGAAGCUGACAAAUCCAAACCUAAUUUCUAUGAUGUUAGCCUCGUCGACGGUUAUAACCUUCCCGUCUCUGUGAAUUCCAAACCCGUAUCUUCCAAAUGCACCAUCUUAGGUUGUCAUAAAGAUCUCAAAACCACAUGUCCCGAAGAAUUACAGGUUUUGAACAAAGAGGGACGAGUCGUAGCAUGCAAGAGUGCAUGCUUAGCAUUUGAUAAUGACAGGUUUUGCUGUCGGAAUGCGUACGGAACGCCGGAAAAGUGCAAAAGGACUACAUACUCUAUGUUGUUUAAAGAAGCCUGCCCCAGUUAUUACAGUUAUGCCUACGACACACCUCCUCCUUUGGUCACUUGCUCAGCCAAAGACUAUCUUAUCACAUUUUGUCCUUCAAAUUGGGGUCAUACUUCCACGUAAAACAAGCUCCAAAAGAACAUUAUUGAAAUGAUACUAUCUGCAUUCUAUCUAUCAUAAAGUAUGAUUACGAACUCGUGAACGUAUGACUUGUUAUCAUUCGCGAAGACUUUUGAUCGUUGAUCGUAUUAUGUUGGAAAUGGUGGUGCAAAAAAGUGAAAUAAAUUUAAUCCCAAAGUAAAGUCAACUAACCUGUACUAAAGUUGAAUAAAUCGAACCAAA